AUGAUUUUAAACUCUGGAGGCCUCGAAUUAUUUGAGUUAAUUGGUUCUAGCAUUGUAGAGGGAUAAGGUGUUGCAAUCAGUCUCGGUGCAUUUUACGCCUUAGCUAAGUAUCUUAAAGCAGGAAAGACUGAAGUUGAAGAUGAAAACUAAAAACAGUUAAUAGCAGACCUAAAAAAAUUAGGUAUUGUCAGAGUUAACAAUUAGGGCAUCAUCCCAUUCGAGAUCUUUGUAGAGCUUUUCAGAAGCAUUAGCUUGAAAAAAUUAAGUCUAAAAGAAGAUUAGUAAUAAACAUCUCUUGAGGAAUAACUAUAUCAGCAAGUCUCAAAUCUAGCUCUAAGCAAAAUAGAGAUUACUGAAGAGUAAUUCCAAUAAACUCAAUAGGUAUUCAUGACUUAACCUUAAUAUCAAAACAGAUUCUUUGCUUCGCUAUAAAAGGAUUCACAAUAAGAAACUAGUGAAAAGGGUACUGCCUAAAAAUUGACCAGACAAAAGACAGUUGAUGCUUUCAAAUAUGCUGAGGAACUGAAAUUUGAAUCUAUGCAAGCUAUUCAAAAGUUUUCUUAAAACCCUAUGUCUAAAUCUGAAGAUUAUACUUAUGAAAUGAUUAUCUAGCAAACUAUUAUGGCUGACAGAUUAUUUGAGAGAUAUGGAAUCGAAGAUGAUGAAUUUAAUAAAGCAGUUGCAUAGCAUAAUUUAUAUUAGGAUCCUGAAAUACAGAAGAUAUUACAGGAAAACAUGCAGAAGCUAUCUCCAGAUAUGAUGCAAAAACUAAUGGAAAACAUGAUGAAUUAAGGUGCAGGAGGUAAUGGAUACCCCGGAGGAUACUGA